AUGGUGGUGGGACUCUGUGGCGUGAUUGCUUGGGUUGUGGUUGGGGAUGUUAGGGUGAAGGUGUCUUUGGGUGUGGAUGGGAUGGCGGUUGGAGACACGAUUGGGGUACUGGGUUGGGUCUGGGUGGGUGGGUGGGUGGUUGGGUGGGUGGGGGUUGGGGUUGCUUUUGCGAUCGUUUGAAUUUUGAAAAGGAAUUAAAAUGCUUAUUAGCAUUGCAUUUUGUGUGCUGAUGUGGGGUGCGUCGCCUUCGUUCACAGCAGCCCAAACGAGUACGUUUUUGGUUUAGCUUUGUGUUGUAAGCGUAUCCUGGUAGUUUUAAUCCUUGGAUUACUGCAAUAAAUGCUGGUUUCGUAAAAUGGUAAAGAAGACAGGGUCCAAAGCGGUUUCUGAAAUACUUGAAAAGGUCUUUGAAAAACCUUUGAAUUGAACACAAAUAUGCGGCUAUAAUCAAGGGGCUUGAUCUCUCCUCCUCCUCCCCUUCACGCCCAAUAAUUUCUUAAAAAAAAAACUUGAUGCUCUGUCAACAGUUGAACCAUCUUUAGUCGAAGCGAUGUUAUGCCUAUAAUUAGUGAUUUGACAAUUUUAUGCCGUUCUGCUUUAAAUAUUAAGGACUAAUUAGGUAGUUUUAAAUAUUCCGUUUGCGUCAAAAAGUAUGUAUAUAUUAUAUAUGUAUAUGCCUAAAACCAAAAUAGCACAUCUCAAAGACCGUGUAAAACGACUUUGGUAGCCAUUUCACAUUUGCCAAACAAUUACCUGUUUUGAUAUAUACAUGCAUUUGCAUGCAUGUUUAAUUGUAAAUAAAGGAUAUUCUUAUUAACAUAAGUCAUAACUGAUUAUUCGUUCGUUGGCGUUCACAAAUCACAAGGGAAUGGGCUAUUACAUUUAAUGCCCGUACCCCCCCUGUCGAGGACCUCAUUUUCCAAGGGGGAAAUUAGUAAUUUUUUCCAGAGGGGUAAUUGGGAAAAAUGGAAGAAAAAUGCUCUUUCCAGAGGGGUUAAAAAGCAAAAAUGCACUUCCAGAGGGGGUUCAAGUCUCUUCCAGAGGGGUCAAUUACACAGAUUUUUUUGCAUUCCAGAGGGGUAAAAUCCCCAAAAGCAGAGGUCCUCGACAGGGGGGGUUGGUUUUUUAAUGUAAUAGCCCAAUAGAAAACAAUGCUCUAAUUACCAGGCCAAUAAUGCUAAUUGUACAGGGUAUAUCAAGAAAAUUACACCCUUUCAAAUUAAAAUUAACCGUAAUCUAUUGUAGCAAUUUGACAGCCGUAUAAUUUCUCGAAUUAAUGAAUGCGUGAAAACACAAGAUCUUCUGCACAUGGGAAUUUAGGAUAACUUCUAUUUGUAAGAACAAAUACACAACUGAAAGAAAAAUGUUUAAAUUAAGUAUUAUUCAAGUCUGCAUAAGAUUAAAAUGGGCCAGUUUACUGAAGAGCAACGAAUCAAUUUAAAAGGUUAUGGCUAAAUUUUCAUACACGCUGUAGUUUCUGCGAUGAGCGAAAAGAGGCUUUUGUCCUGAGCCUUUAUCUUCUUCCCUAUUGGGAAUUUGUAAUUACAAAGCUAUGUGAAAACAAUUUGAUGAAUUACUUGAUUGUAAUUAGAUUCGAAAUGCCAUUUUGAAAAUCGUUCCUUCACAGUGAGCCAGACACAAUGCUCAAAGCCGGAAUAGAGCAACUACGGCCGGUGCAGUUAAAAUGAUUUUCUAGUUAUGCAGAUUCUGCUGAGUCCUGCGUAUUCAAUUAAUUCAGGCCUAUAAAAUAACUGCUACGUGCCAGGGUGCGGUCAUAUUUUCACCACGUUAGCAAGAAGAAGUCAGAAGGAUCUUGAUAAUAUGAGAAAUACCGGCCACGUUUGCCUUCGAGCCAACUCAAUCAGUACGAGAGAACGAACGAGUUUACUUCGGUACGUGAUUAAUAACGUUUUGGAAGGAAACUACUGUUGUGUUGUUUAUCCUAAACAUGUAUAUAUUCUGUUAGAAAGCUGCGAAUUGAGAAAGAUUCAAUUAUACCUGAAAAAUUUCGAGUCUUCGAGGGAAGGGCCAUGAGCGAAGUGCGAUCGAAUGCCGUUUGGUUUUGCUUGACGAUGAAUCGCUCUCAAACCGAAGCUUUCUAGUGCUGUUUAUAUUGUCAUUACCUACGCCACAGUGCUGCAUGCCGUUCGUAUUAUUUUUUUAAUAAUUGUAUUUUAAUUCUCUUUUAGAGUGAAAACGACCACUACAAGUCAGCCUGUUGUAGAGCUAUAUAUAUCUGACCAUGGCGACUACGAUCGAGGUCAUAUAUGAUAACCUUGUCCUUGAUCUCACACACACUAAUAUUGUCGCAGCGUGCGGUUCUUCGUAUCCGCGAUCGAACAAACUAGACGAAACGCUAAUUAUUUAUCCUGCCAUUCAGGCAUUCGUCGUCGGAAGAAGCUUACCGCGCGUACAGUCCCAAUGAAAAGCCAAAAAUGUGGGGAGGCGGACGUUGUCAAUUUAACGAAAUGGAGAUGGCAAUUAUGGGUGAAGAGAAUAAUUAUGGAGCUACUGCAUUUGAAGUCUUUCUAAACGUCUCGCCAGACCAUCGACAUUGCAACCUGCUGAGCAACGACACUACCCGCAACACGUGCUGUUGUCGUCAAUGCCCAGUUUGGUCCAGCCAUUACAGCGAGGAAAAAUUUUGAACAAGACGGGCUGAAGUACUUGGCUUCGAUUUGUACAUGCAGGAGCGAGAAGGUCCUGAAGACUUCCGGGCAUGCUUUGUACAAGGUAAAACAUUACUUCUGAGUGUGCAGUUUGCUCUCAUACAUGAUACUGUUUUAUAAGUCUGAUAGAACGUAAAUGUAUAUUUGUGUUAAUUUUGGGGUGCAUGAUAUUCUGUCAGUCUAUGCUUAAAAAUUAUUGACUUCACAAACAGUGCUUUGCGAGUGAAUUAAUAUUAAAAAGUAUAAUUAAAAGUGAUUGUUUGUUGACCUGGAAUUACUGUACAAACUACAAAAAGUGGGCGUUUUGAGCAGUCCCUCCUUUCCCGUCCAGCAGGCUGUUUGCAGUCUAUGCUGUGCAAAAUUGAUUACUCUUAUUUUUACUUAUAAUUAAACUUGUUGUGUUUUUAUCAUAAAAGACAUCGAGCUCACUAAUCCGUCCUAUAUAUAUCACUAUAGUGAUCAGAACCAUGUCACUAGCUGAUAAAUUAUAAUAAACAGGAAGAAAUUUAUCCAUUCUGAUUGGCUCAAAACACCUAUGUGAGCAUUUUGAUUGGCUAAUAGGAGAGCGAAGAAAAAACAAACAAUAAAACUGUUUUUAUACCCAUAGUUAUAUUUAGUUUAUUACUAAGUAGUUUAUUAAAAACGUACAUGACUUGUUACUGUAUAAUAUUAAUUAUUACUAUCCGGCCAAAAUGGACCUGUUGCCGAUCAGAUUAUACGCAGAGUAAUUCAGGUGCAAUAGCGUGCUGAAUCAAGUUUUUAGUAUAACUUCAAACUCAUAGUCCAUGAACAAAGAAGAUGGUGUUGAUGGGGUAUAUCUCGAGGUAUAUCGUGAGGCGUGAUUGCUCAAUUUCGGUUCCCCUGACAAUGAUAGUAUACUCUGAUAGUACACUGUCAUUCGCAUGCAAACUGUACAAUGUACAAAUAUUUACUCUUUUUACAGGGAGAAAGAUGUGUGCAAGACCUUUGCUAUAG